AUGAAGUACGGUAAAGAAUUUCAACAUAUACUGGAGGACUCGUCCUUCCCUCCUGAAUGGAAAGAAUCCGCUAUUGAAUAUGGUCGACUCAAGAAAUUGAUCAAAAAUGUUGUGCACGAACUCACAUCAAUGGGCCUGUCACCUGAGGUACUGCAUAAAUUGUUAAUCACUGCUGAGCUGGACCCGACGUCGUCGACUAACCCUGAACUACCUACGACCAGAACAAUAAAAGGCGAAGGAGAAGAGGAAGAGGUAUUAGAAUUUGAAUAUGAAUCGCCAGAGGGUACACCACCUACCAUCCAAUCCGGAUCUGACCCUUCUUCCUCUCAAUCCCAUCUCCAUACACGAGGCAAAGCACCUCAAGAAGUCAUCGUUGAUCCAUUACCUGACACCCAUCCUGAGUCCCACAGUAAUCUGCUCUCCCUACCUUCAACGGAAUAUAGUGUAAUAUCGCCAACGCCGAUCAAUCAGCAUCAUAGGAAGUUCCGUUUACGACUGCUUUCAGACAGUUCUCAGCCUUCGACACCUUCAAAUGAAUUCUCCCUGGCAGAUUUACCACAACGGCCACUGAGUGUAGCUGAGUUUUUAGAAGCGCAAGAGAAAUUGAGAGAAGAAAAGACGCCUAGUCCCUCAGAAGCCCAAAAAGGUAGGACGGUCAUCAGACGAGCCGUCAUGGAUGGAAAUAACGGUAGUGUCAAGGCUGAAUAUGUUCUGGUAGGUGAUCCAUCCAACCCGACACCUCAACUGAGGCUACACGUCCAAGCUUCCGCUUCCCCAUCGCAAUCUUCUUUAUCCUUCUCGCAAUCCCCUUCUCCCCUCUCCACACCGCUCGAGGACACAGACCCAGAUACAGAGGAAGAAGAUGAGCAGAGCUCCUACCCAGACGCACCUUCUGUCACGGCCACCCCCCGACCAUUCGACAGGCUUCGAAGUCCUAUCAUUCCUUCUAGUCCUACACUACAGAAGAUUAAAUCUGCCUUAUCGCCCAUCUUCGCUAUCGCAAGUGGCAAAGAUAUUAGGGAGGGCAUGGGUGAUUUGACAAUCGGUGAUUCCAUCAUAGAAAACAGCCCAUCUUCUACACCCAAAAUCAAGGAAUUCCCUUUCCCCAGUAUAACAUCCGACACGCCAGAUCCGACCAUUACAUCUCAAGAUUUGUCCGAAGAGGUGAUCCCUGAGAUAUCUACUUCGUCUUUGCCUGCGACCCACGAAAGAGACUUCAUCAUCCCCUUAACAUCCGAUCUCGAGUUCUUCCACCUUCUCACUUCGGCUUUGACAUCUCUAUCGACAUUUCACGCCAAACAGCAAGUACUGUUCAAGGACGCAGUCGAGAAUGUCUGCCAGAUGAUCUCAUCUACGAUCUCUCCAUCCAGUUCAUCCAAUGUACAAAUCAUGUCUAUCCCCCCAACAGCCAGUACAUCCACUUCGAGCGAAUACUUCAAUGUUGAUCCUGGCUCAAUACCGAUCGUCUCGAGAUAUCACGGAUCGGGCAAAACUUCAAAGAAGGAUUUGUACAUUUGGCGAGAGAUAUUCACUUUAUGGAUCGAAUCUGAGAUAUUCGAAUCGUCUGCUGAACGUACUCGAGGAGAAAGGUCUCUGGAAGAUGCUGAAGAGAGAUUGAGAGACUUCGCAAAUAAAGUGAUUAAGCGAGGAUUGGGAGAUAAGAGGUCUAUAAAAGGUAAAAAAUCUAGGAAUGCAUGGGAAGAGUUUCUGAAAUUGAAUGUAUGGUUAUUGGAUUUGAAAAGGUUUCAAGGUGCGAAUAUCAUGGCUGCUAGGAAGAUUCUAAAGAAGCAUGAUAAACGUACUGCCCUGACUGCUUUAGAAGGGUUUCCGUCCUUCGUUCAAUCGACCCUAUCAACUCACGUAGAUGAAAACGGGAAUGUAUCGACAUGGACAUUCUACAAUACUUCGCUACCUCAUAUUUUGCUGGCUAGUCUGACUACCACUCUAUUACCGAUAUUACCAAGUUUGGACGAUUACGCCUGUCUGAUAUGCACUUCCAUAGCGUUUAAGCCUAUUCGACUGGGCUGCGGACAUCUCUUCUGCGUGAGAUGUUUGGUGAAAAUGCAAAGAGCAGGUAAAGAGGAAUGUCCUUUGUGUAGGAGUAAAGUAGUAUUGUUGGCGGAUAAGGGCUCACUAGAUCUUACAGUGAUGAAUUUCAUGAAAUCUUGGUUUCCGAAAGAAGUCAAGGCUAAACAGAAAGAAAACGAGCUUGAAGUUGCUCAAGAGCAUGCUCAGGAAGCGGGAAUAGACACUAGAUGCGUUAUCAUGUGA